AUGUCUGAAAUCAACGUUAUCGCUGUCAUAUAUCCCAAGCCAGAGCACUUCCAAGAGGUUGCAACACUUCUCACUGGCUUUAUCAGAAAAGUGCAAGACCAAGAACCUGACACUCUACUAUACUAUGCAUUCCAUGUUGAAGCAAAUAAGGAGAUAGUAGUCGUGGAAAGAUAUAAAAACCAAACUGCAGUUCAAACUCACCUGAAGACCCCCUAUUUCCAGGAGUUUGCCGCUCAACUGUCUGGGUGGUUGGCUAAACCUUCUGAGGUGAGAGUAGGAGGUGUUCUGAGUGGUCCACUAGUCUCACGGCUAUAG